UUUAUUUUUCCUUCUCCUCUCUUGAAGAAGUUACGCAAAUUUCAACCAUUUCAACUGUAGAAAUUUUUUCCCAGUUAUUGUUCUCUUUCUAGACACAAUUUUUUCCCUUCCUUUCUGCUGCAAGCCUGCAACUCAAGCUUUUGCAAGAGGUAUAUGCAUAUCGGUGAUUUAUAGCCUGUAAAAUUCAACAUAUAUGGUCCGGAAGAUAUUGUUUUGAGUCUCAACAACCAAAAAUGGCGAUAUCGAUUCCUCUGAGACGGCUUUCGAGAAGCUUCUCAGCAAUUGCUUCCAAUCCUUUACGUGUUUGCGUCGUCGGAAGUGGCCCUGCCGGUUUCUACACCGCCGAAAAGGUUUUGAAGAAGCAUGAAAGAGCAGAAGUUGAUAUAAUCGACCGAUUGCCCACGCCAUUUGGAUUAGUCCGCUCUGGUGUGGCACCUGAUCAUCCUGAAACUAAGAUUGUGACAAAUCAAUUUUCUCGGGUUGUGCAAAAUGAGCAUUGUUCCUUCUUUGGGAAUGUGUCCCUUGGAUCUUCCAUAUCUUUGUCAGAGCUGCGAGAUAUUUAUGAUGUGGUUGUACUUGCCUACGGUGCUGAGAGUGAUAGAGUUCUUGGUAUACCCGGAGAGGAAUUAAAAGGCAUUUAUUCUGCCCGAGAAUUUGUAUGGUGGUAUAAUGGCCACCCGGACUGUAGCAAGCUGGAUCCGGACUUGAAAAGCACUGAUACAGCUGUUGUACUUGGUCUGGGUAAUGUAGCUCUUGAUGUUGCACGAGUUCUUCUACGGCCUACAAUGGAAUUGACAUCGACUGAUAUUGCUAGCCAUGCUGUGGCUGCUUUGGAAGAGAGUUGUAUAAGAAAAGUAUAUCUGGUUGGAAGACGUGGUCCAGUACAAGCAGCCUGCACAGCAAAAGAACUGCGUGAAGUUCUUGGCAUCCAAGAUUUGUAUGUGCACAUAGAUGAAGCUGAUCUUGUGAAAACUCCAGCAGAUGAGGAAGAACUAAAGAACAACCGGAUUCAUAGGAGGGUUUAUGAGUUGCUUUCUAGAGCAGCCUCGUCAGGAGUUGCCUCUGGUUCAGGUCGACGUGAACUCCACUUCGUUUUCUUCCGGAAACCAGAAAGGUUUCUAGAAUCAGAGGACCAGGGUGGCCAUGUUGCUGGGGUGAGGUUUGAGAAGACAAUUGUUAGAGAAGAAUUGGAAUCUGGUAAGCAAAUUGCAGUUGGUACUGGACAAUUUGAGGACAUUGAAUGCGGAUUAGUGCUGAAGAGCAUUGGGUACAAAUCAGUUCCUGUUGAUGGUUUACCCUUUGAUCAUCAGAAAGGCAUGGUUCGAAAUGUUGGAGGUCGUGUCCUCAGUGAUGCUUCUGGAGAUGAAAUGCAGUUUGAGAAGGGCUUGUAUGUCUGUGGGUGGUUGAAGAGAGGUCCUACUGGGAUCAUUGCUACCAACCUCUACUGUGCUGAAGAAACGGUGGCUAGUAUAACUGAAGAUGUUGAGAAAGGACUAUUCACACGUACGUCCAGCUCACAGCAAAAGCCUGGGAGAGAGGGACUGCUCCAGUUACUUGACAGUAGGGAUGUAAGAUUUUUUCCUUUUGGAGCCUGGGAAAAGAUUGAUCAGGAAGAAACAAGACGAGGAUUGUUGAAAAGCAAGUCCAGGGAGAAGCUAACAGAAUGGCUGGAGCUAUUAAACAUUGCCUCAGCGUGAAACGAUUUACCUUUUCCUCUCAACACUGACUCUUUGGGUUCAUCUUAUCAGCAGGAAUAUGAUUCUUAUCAUCUUGUCCACCCUUGCAUAAUGUUUACCCUUUGUUAGAGUAACACAUAGUUGCCUCUUCAAAGGGUUGAAAGCAGACGAAAUUUUGGAACUUCUACUCAUGUAUUUGACUGCUCAGGUCAUUGUAAUGUAGCAAAAUUUGGGAUCUAAUGAAUGUUGUAGGAACAGCUGAAUAUUUUCGUGAACAACUUGAGAAUUCUAAGUGAUGUAGGCGUUAUUAGUUUAACCGUCGAUUGUAAUA